CGAGCCACUCCUUCUGAAGCUCUUACUGUACGACUGGCGGCAUCCGUUCUCGCCCCUACCAUACCGGCGUAGAGCGUGUUGAGUGUGUGUGCUGUGCGCGUGAGUGAGGGAGUGCGUGCGCCUCGAGAGGAUGGCGACGCUCGUGGAAUCCGCAGACAUUACAGAGCCCUUAUGCGGCAGCACCUUGAAGAUGUCAUCCCCAUCCCAGUCUAGCCUCUCCUAUCGCUUUGAUGACAGCAGAUUUUAUCUGCUGGUGGUGGUCGGUGAGAUCGUUAGCGAGGAGCAUCUGCGGUGUGGCAUUGCAGACAUUGAAAAAGGCAUCCGGUCAUGGGACACGAACCUCAUCGACUGCAACCUGGACCAGGAGCUCAAGCUCUUCGUGUCACGCCACUCUGCCCGGUUCUCCGCAGAUGUGCGAGGACAGAAGAUUCUGCACCACAAAAGCAACGUGCUGGAGACAGUGGUCCUAAUCAACCCUUCAGAUGAAGCUGUCAGCACUGAGGCGCGUCUCAUGAUCUCGGACACGGCGCGACACAAGCUAUUGGUCCUAGCUGGACAUUGUGUGGAAAGGACAGGUGAACUCAUCCUGCAGUCCGGCUCCUUCUCCUUCUUCAACUUCAUUGACAUCUUUACCGAUCAAGAGAUUGGAGAACUUCUCAGUAGCAUUCAUCCAGCUAACAAGGCAAGCCUCACACUGUUUUGCCCCGAGCAAGGUGACUGGAAAAACUCCAACCUUGACAAACACAAUCUCCAGGACUUCAUAAACAUAAAUCUGAACUCCCCCCUCAUUCUCCCUGAAAUGGAGGGCCUGUCAGAAUUUACCGAAUACUUGUCAGAAUCAGUGGAGAUCCAAACUCCAUUUGACAUCCUUGAACCACCAACCUCAGGUGGAUUCUUGAAGCUCUCAAAGCCGUGCUGCUACAUUUUCCCCGGAGGCCGUGGAGAUGCAGCGCUCUUUGCUGUCAAUGGUUUCAACAUGCUAGUCAAUGGCGGGUCAGAAAGGAGGUCCUGCUUCUGGAAACUGGUACGGCAUCUUGACCGUGUUGAUUCAAUCCUCCUGACUCAUGUUGGAGACGACAACCUACCUGGCAUCAACAGCAUGCUGCAGAGGAAGAUCGCAGAGCUGGAGGAGGAACAGUCACAGGGAUCCACGGCCAACAGCGACUGGCUGAAGAACAUGAUCUCCCCAGAUAUAGGGAUUGUGUUCCUCAAUGUACCACAGCACCUGGAGAAGCCAGAGGCAAACUUACGAGUGCGGAGAAACAUUGAUGAAGCUUCUGCUACUCUACAUUACCUGAGUAAGUUAUCAUUGACACCAGAACCUCUCCAGAGGGGCACUGGAAACACAGUUGAACCCAUCAUACUCUUCCAGAAAAUGGGAGUUGGAAAACUGGAGAUGUACGUUCUUAAUCCAGCGAAGAACAGUAAGGAGAUGCAGAACUUUAUGAAGCAAUGGACAGGCAGUGAGAAAGACAUGGCUUCAGUUUUAAUACCCAAUGAAGAGGAGUCAGAACUACCAAUGUCCUAUUUGUCUUCUAUCUCUUCUCUGAUUGUGUGGCAUCCUGCUAACCCAUCAGAGAAGAUUGUGCGUGUGCUGUUUCCUGGGAACGCCAAACAGAAUCACAUUCUGGAAGGACUGGAGAAGCUGAAACAUCUGGAUUUCCUGAAGCAGCCAGUGGUGACGCAAAAAGAGCUGUCUGCAGACAUGGCGCCAGCACUUCAACAAGCAAAGAUGAAGCAUAAAACAGAUAGUAGAGAGAGUCUCAAGUCCGUUUCAAGGCCAGCCACAAGCAAAGGCUUAAAGAAGGAGUCCAAGGACGAGACACCAGAGAGAGUAAAGCCAGAGACAGAGCCACCUGAGGAAAAAAAAGAAAAAACACCAAUCAGAAAAGAGAAGGCGAAAGCUCAAGAGAAGGAGAUCAAAUCAAAGGUGGAGCAAACUCCAGAGAAAAAGAAAGCAGACAUUAAACCAAGAUCUGCUCCCAAAGAAAGAGUUGUCAAGAAAGAGGCAAAGAAAUCAGUUGAGAAGAAGAGUGAUGAGAAAGAGGUAAAGGAUGAUGCUGACAAAAAGGAGGAAAAGAAGAAAGAUGAGAAAGUGACACCAAAGAAAGAGGAAAAGGCAAAAAAGGAGGAGAAAGUUAAGAAAGAUGAGGUUAAGAAGGAGGCUAGAAAGGAAGUAAAGAAAGAUUUGAGGAAAGAGUCUCCCAUGAAGGCGAGCAAAAAGGACGACAAGAAAGAAGUAAAGAAAGAAGAUCAUAAGAAAGAUGUGUCAAAGCCUACCAAUUUUCUUAAAAGGAAUGCAGCCUCUUCUGGUGAGGCAAAGAAACCUGCCCCAAAACCAAAGUUGCUGAAAAAAGAUGAUGUGUCAAAGAAGGAGCUAGGAAGCCCUGCAAAGUCCAAAGAGAAGGGGAAAGUCAAGGCUGCCAAGAAGGACACUAAAAUCAACAAGACCAAAACUGAAACUGCUGCAGCGGCUGCUGCUGUUACUGCUGCCACUGCCGCAAGUGUUGCAGCCGGGCUUGAGGCAGCAGCCAGUACCACCGACGCUCUGGAAGAGGAAAGGUCUUUGAUGUCAUCUCCAGAGGACCUCACCAAAGACUUUGAGGUACUGAAAGCAGAAGAAGUCACUGAAGAUGAAGAGGCUUUACCCCAGACCAACACUGUGGACACUGAUUCAACUGUGCUGGUGCACCAUGAAGAAAUCAUUCUCACCAAGGAGUCCCCAGAAGCAGGUGAAUCCAUGGAUGAGGGUAUAACAACAACAGAGCCAGAGGGAGAAAGUGGUGAGACUCCUGAAGAGGUGGAGCCAAAAGGGAAAGUCAGCAGCAUCACCAGUGAGAAGUUUGAAGAUGAGGGAACAGUACUUGAAGAGUCAUCUGAGGCUGGGGACUAUGAAGAGAAAGGAGAGCUAGAGGAGGAGGAGGAGGAUGAGGAACGAAGGACAGAACUCAAAUCUGAAGUGAAAACCAAGGAAAAGGAAGACAGUGAAGAAGAGAGAGAGGGUGAAACCACCGCUGUUGCUCAGGCUGAAACAACAAAGCAACAAGAAAGUCUGUUUGUCUCCAGCUCACCAAAGGUAUGCUCCCCGAUUUCUCCUGCUGCUUCAAUUCAUGAUGAAUUCCUUCCAGAAGGUUCUGGAAGUGAACCCGCCUCAGAUGAUGAGAACCGAGACGAACCUCCCGAAGAGUACACCACCUCGGGUCAUACCAUGUCAACUAUUGAGAUCUCAAGUGUGCCAACGCCCAUGGACGAAAUGUCAACUCCAAGGGACAUCAUGAGUGAUGAGACCACAAACGAUGAGACCGAUUCUCCUUCUCAGGACAUUGCUAGGUUUGGAGGGACAAAAAUGUCUGGCGACUUUGAGAGGAAGGAGCUCCCAACUCUUCAAGAUGGCCCUGAAUCAGACCACUCAAAAAGUGAUGCCACAGAGGGUGAAGACUAUCAAGCUUCAGCUUCUACAAUCUCACCUACAUCCUCACUGGAAGAAGACAAAAUUGCCCAGUUUUUCAAGAAGGAAGAGGGUGGACGCAAGUCACCCUCAGAAUCAUCAAACAAAUUUGAGCUUCAUUCUUUGAGGCUGACUUCUGACUCUUCAAUGGGUCCAAUAGUGAGAUCUCCAUCUGGUGAUAAGAAUAUGUACAUGAGCUUCAUAUCAUCAGGUAUUGCCUCUCCCAUUGAACUGGGCACUACCCUCACACCAAUAGAACCAAGAGAAAUGAUCGAGAGCUCACUGAGUCCAGAUGAUAAGACACUGGAGGGCACCUCUACUCCACAAUCUGCUGGCCAUACACCUUACUAUCAGUCUCCCUCAGAUGAGAAAGCAGGAACCCUUCUACCAAAAACAGAUGGUCCAGUAAUUGUUGAGGUUACAAGCGACAAAGAGGACUCUCCUAGGCAAGGUAGUCCUGUGGACGAGCAAGUUCUCAAAUCUCCAGUGGACAAGUGUAGCCCACCAACUUCUGGAGCUGAAUCUCCAACCAAAGGAGAAAAAGCCGGGAAGGUGUCAACAUCUAAAGAAGAGAGCAAAAUGUCCAUAUCAGAGGGAACGACAUCUGAUAAGUCGCCAACUCCAGUUGAUGAAGCUGUUGCAGAGGACACCUUUUCCCAUGUUGCAUCUGUGUCAACCUCCCUAGCCACCAGCUCUCUUCCAGAGCCUACAACUGAUGAUGUCUCACCAUCUCUGCAUGCUGAAGUAGGCUCCCCCCAAUCCACAGAAGUGGAUGAAUCCCUCUCUGUCUCAGUAGGUCAGACUCCAUCUGCUUUUCAGGAAACCGAGGCCUCUCCAUCGAAGGAAGACAGCCCACGACCAAUGUCCAUCUCCCCAGACACCUCUCCCAAAAUGGCAAAGUACAGAAUGUUCCUUCAGGAGCCCAAAUCCCCUGGGCCUUCCACCAUGCAGGUCUCCCAAGACUCACCAGACCACUCUAUGGCCUCAGAGUUUUGCAAGCAGUCACCACAGCACCCCUCUGCCCCAGGGGAUCGUGGGGUCACCGAGAAUGGACCCACAGAGGUUGACUGCAGCCCCUUCGACAUGGAUGACUACCAUCUGGGCAGUGAUUACAGGCCUGCGGUACUGGCAGAGAAGCCAAUGCUUUUCAAAGAGUGCAACUCCCCUUAUGCUGCCUCAGCAUCCCCAUCCGAGGCCUCGCAGUCCACUCCCUCUGUCACGACUCCUUGCCAGAUUGGGGGACCAAGGGAAAUGUCCCCAAGUGCCGCACCUUCAUCAGACCCUACUACCCCAAAAGCAUCGUCCUUCACCCACUCCCCUGUGUCCCCAGACUCCUCAUUGGUGUUGGGAGAUCCCACUAUUUCUGAUGUUAUUAAUAAUGACAAAACUAGUCCCACAUCUCUGUUCGCACAGGGCAGUUCUUAUGAUGCUGAAGAUGCAAAGGGAAAGUCAGCUUCUCCUGCAGCUUCCCCUACUACCCCAAAAGCAUCGUCCUUCACCCACUCCCCUGUGUCCCCAGACUCCUCAUUGGUGUUGGGAGGUCCCACUACUUCUGAUGUUAUUAAUAAUGACAAAACUAGUCCCACAUCUCUGUUCGGACAGGGCAGUUCUUCUGAUGCUGAAGAUGCAAAGGGAAAGUCAGCUUCUCCUGCAGCUUCCCCAGUGUCUUCAUAUGCAUACUCCUCACAGAAGACUGAAAAACUGUCUCCGGCAGGAGCAGAGACUAAUCCCUUCAAAUAUGAGUCCAAAUCUCCUGUCAGUUCCAAACCCCCUUCACCAUCUUACCUGCCUCUGUUCUCUAACCUGUCAGAGUCUCGGGAGUCACGCACCUCUCCCACUUCUGGUGCCUCAAACUUUGGUUCCAGAGAUCCAGACUGCUCCAAGAAGAGCCCCUGUCUUCCAUCCAGGACAGAUGUCGAUCUGUGUCUGGUGAAAUCAUGCGAGUACAAACACCCAAAGACAGAGCUGUCACCAUCUUUCAUUAACCCAAACCCACUUGAGUACUUCAUGAAUGAGGAGAACCCUCUGGAGGAGGAGGAGAAGCCUUUGGAGGAGGAGGAGAAGCCUUUGACUAAAUCCAGUGGUGGUCCCCCUCCUCCUGGAGGGAAACACCAUGGAAAACAGUGUGAGGAAACCCCUCCAACCUCGGUCAGCGAGUCCGCUCCCUCCCAGACAGACUCCGAUGUCCCCCCCGGCACAGAGGAAUGUCCUUCCAUCACAGCAGAUGCCAACAUUGACUCAGAAGACGACUCAGAGACACUCCCAUCUGACAGGACUCUCACGUACCGCCAUGUGGAUCCACUGCCAGUGGCCGUCCGCGAUGUGGCUCCAUCCCCACCCCAUCCUGACGUCUGCAUGGUAGACCCAGAUGCCUUGGCAACUGAGGAGAGUAACCAAGUCAAGGACACAAAGAAAGAGGGAGAGGAGAAGCCCAAAAAGAAAAAAAUAAUGACUAAGAAGUCUGCAUCACCAGCCCGCAAGAGUGGCCUUUCAAAGUCAAGUGCACUAAAGGAGACAAAAACUGCCUCUCCAAAAAAGACCCCCAGUGCUAAAGGGGGAGAGGGGAAAGAUGCGAAAAAUGCAACCAAUACUUCUGCCUCACGAGGCGUGAAAAGUGCCACUUCAGGAAGCAGUAAAACCUCCAGUGGAUCAACAGUUCCCAACUGCCCCCCCAUGUACAUGGACCUGGUCUACAUCCCAAACCAUUGCAGUGCCAAGAACGUGGACUCUGAGUUCUUCAAGCGAGUUCGCGCCUCGUACUACGUCGUCAGCGGUAACGACCAGGCCGCCCAGGAGCCCAGCAGGGCAGUGCUGGACGGUCUACUCGAGGGGAAAGCACAGUGGGGAAAUAACAUGCAGGUCACCCUGAUACCAACACACGACUCUGAGGUGAUGAGGGAGUGGUACCAGGACACUCACGAGAAGCAGCAGAACCUGAACAUCAUGGUCCUGGCUAGCAGCAGCACUGUUGUGAUGCAAGAUGAGUCUUUCCCUGCGUGCAAAAUCGAGCUGUGAGCUGUGAGGCCAGGGAUGCUAUGAUCUGCUGGCCUGGUGUUGUCAUAACCCCGCAGCUGGGUUUAACUGUCAUAGAAACGCAGAACAACAAAGUCUAAUUGAUGCCCCCCCCCCCCCCCCCCCUCAAAAAGUGUGAAGUCAGAAAAUAUUCCACAACUUAUCUGAUUUCACUGAUUGGUCACAGUCACCGUUUCAAAAUGGAAUCUAAAACAGGAGUUGUGAUGAUUUAAACAUACAUGUAAAGUAUACCUAAUGAGGAGGAUGCAGGAUGAAUCCUGGUGAAAUGGUUUCAGUGAGGAUCUACAAACUGAAAUUGUUUUGUCUGUGGAGUUGAAAAUACAAGGUGUGAGGAGUUAGCAUCUCUUCAGUACAUGUUAGCCCCAUUGAGCAACUUAAACUGCAGGGCAGUUAUACCAAAAUACUGGAAAUGUGUGAUACCCAUACAGAAAAUGUGGAAACACUAGUCUUAAAAUGACAUUGCAGUGAAUGUGGAUUAAACUGGACUGGUACAUUGUACUUGGAAUGUUUUUAAAUGUAGGUGUGAAAAGGGAACAAGGCUGUGAGGGAAUCCAGUUUAGUCUGUAACGUAGCUUAUGAUAACUCAGAAAAGCCUGAAGAAUAAUCCAUCACAAGUCAAAGAAAACUAAUAAAACUGUGUUAGAACAGCUCAUAUCAAGCAACUGGUACAAAAUCUUCACUACAUUAUUAAUGAAAUCUACGCACCAAAGGAUGAUGGAUAUUUUGUUCAAAAUGCCUUAGAACGUGAAUUGAAUGUACACCAUGAUUGAUGCACUUACUUUGAGAACAGAUGUCAAGUAUGUAUAGAGAUAGCAGAUGAACGUAAUUCAAAGACAGUUCCCCAUUGGAAGAGAUAACGCAAUGAGCCAGUAGCAAUCUAGGCGAAUCAUAGUGUUUAUCCAGUGCGAUGUGGAAUGUGUCAGUUGUCAUCUGAGGCGGUCAGUUCCUUAUAUGAUGUAUAGUGCUUUUUGCUUGCAAAGGGCCUAUGUGAAACACCGUGAGAGGCAAAAAAUACCCAAUAGCAUCAGAGUUAAAGCUCUUAAAGUUACGUACAGUAAAAUGUUUUAUUUGUUUUUUAUUCAUAAGAAUGGUAAUGAGCUUCCCCAAGUUUAACUGAUGUCAUGCAAGAGUGUGUCACAGGCGGAGACAGAAAAACAAUUAGGCUUAAUGUCUGAGUUGAUAGUUUUUUUUUCAGUUUUCCUGGUGUGUAUCUCCUAAGUGGCAUCAUUUUCCCUUUUCCCUUGCUAUUUUUAGAGUAUGUUGAUAUUUGCACUACAUGUUUUUUGCACUUAAGUUCACUUGAAUUUUUUUAUUAGUUUGUUUCUUCCAAGUCAGUGUUAUCCCUGUGGUUAUUUAUGAUAUGCUAUUUAUUUAUGAGUGAUUGUGAAGACGCUCACAUCUUGAAAAUCUUGACUGCCAUGACAAAUGUUCACCUAGACUUGAGCUAGUUGUUUGUUUUUAGGAGUCAUAUUCUGAAAGAAGAACACACCAGCUGCAUCCAAGCAGAAAAUGGUCACUUUAGGAUUGAUACCCUUUGUUUUAACUUUGGUUUGUUUGAAACUCUCAAAUACUGUAUAAUGUAUAUGUAUCCCUGCUUGACUCUUCAACUGCUCUGUUUUCCUGAGUUGACGAAUCAAACGUAACCAGAGCCUGUCAGAAAGUGGUACAUCUAUGCUUGAAAACUGAGCAAGUUUCCUAUCAUUUGGACAUUUUGUUUUCUAGAACAACACUGUACUAUAAUUAUAGAUAGUUCUGUGGCCAGAUGAAUGGAUGGAAGACAUGUGCACAUGUAAUGUAAUAUACUAAACAUUUCUCUCUUUCGCGAGAGAGGAGGGAGUUCUGGGAGCCCUGAACUGCCAACACAACAUUAUCGCAAGUCCGUCAUUAAGUGAUUAAGUAUGCUGUGCAAGGCAUGUCCUUUGGGCUCCUGCCAUAUUCUAAUGGGCAGAGAGAUAUCCCUUUCCCGUUCAGGGUCCGCCAUUUUCAGAUCUUGGACCUGUGUCACUGGUCUAAGCAAAACUGGUACCAGGUAGACAGAAACAUGCAGUGCAUUUUAAGCAUUAUGAGAGAUCACCAUGAUCUCAAAAUGGUGACUCUGGUCUCCAGCACUUCGGAUGCCUGGCUUUCUCCAUACCUACUUUAAACAGAGUGUAGAUGAACGUGAUAGAGAAUGUUUCAUGAGUGAGAGGCAAACUUCACACUUCAUUUCUGUUUGAUCUACAUGACUCGGACAAUUUACCAAACACUAAAGACAAGAGAACACAUCUCCCGGACAGACAAACCAACCGUUCAGCACUCAUAAACCACUGGCUGACAUGGCCUCAAGCAUUUAUAUGAUAUUGCCUUUAAGCAUUUCAUAGAGAUCUACAUGGAAGAGUUGAGUUUUAAAGUUCAAUACAAUACUUACAGAGAUCAAAUUACUGGAUGUCAGGACUGAACUCAGUCAGUAGUUGUAAAUAGUUGCAGUAGAAGUCUUUUAACCAAGCAAGGAAAAGCAAGAACAUUUGAAGCAUUUAGAAACCAGAUGAACACUCAGCUUUUAACUUUUCUCUCAGCUUCUCUCUAUAUCCAUCAUUUCUUCUUUCCCUCUCUUUCUGUCGUGCCCCCUCUUUCCUCUCUAUCUCCCUCUUUCGAGUGAUUGUAAGAGUUUGUUUGCAGCUGUGUAUGGUAUAUAUGUCUUGUGAGCCUGCAUCAACCCUUGCCCUUUCCAAACUCAUAUCUAAUGUAGAGGAUAGUCUCAUGUAAAAGUAUUAACUAGUGCUUUUCUGACAUUUGUGUGCAAUAUCUGAUUUUCCCAACUCUGGGGCAUUUGAUGUAAAGGGAAAUACUAUGGAACGCCAGGGGAAACGACACAAUAAUAAAAACUGUUGUGAAAAAUCCA